AUGGCGGCAAGCCACGAUGGUUUGCUUCGAGUGUCUUCUUGCCCGGGACAACUGCAAAUGUCGUGUGCAGGCGAUUUCCUCGCUUUGCCUCUUACAAAAACUAUAAUAGGUGUUUGGUGGCUUGGAGACUUAUCAAGAAAGGUAUGUUACUGUCUUGUUUAAAUUAUUAAUAUCCGAUCUAUGGUCUUAGUUACCGUGUAUAUACAGUCGACUCCCGAUAACUCGAACCUUCAAGGGAAAUGGAAAAAGGUUCGAGUUAUCGGGAGCUCGAAGAAAAUAGCCGGGAGUAAGGAAAAAAACAGUUUUUACUGCACAGUGAGCAUUCUAAUCACAUUUAAUUGUAAAAAUGUUGAGUGAAAAUUGAAAGAUACUGUUACUUUGUUAGAUUAUAAAUCAGAACAUAAAGUAACAAAACGUUGCCUAAAUAGAGCAUGCAUUUUACUUUUUGAGAAGUAAAGCUAUUUCACGUUAGAUUCGUGGCAAACAACAUCAGCCUCCACUAUCGAUCCACUAGUAAACUAUAUGCCUACAACACGUCAAUGGGAAAUUCAAAAUUCAAUGUUUCGGAAGCAGUACACUCUUUUUUCCCGACUUUUUAAGGGCUCAAAACAUGGUUCGAGUUAUCGAGGGUAAAAUAUAUAGAAAUGAUCUGAGGGGAGACAAAAAUUACCCUCGAGUUAGCGGGAGUUUCAAGUUAUCAAGGGUUCGAGUUACCGAGGGUAAAAUUACAGUAAAUGUAUGACGGAAAUCCAGGGGAAAUCGAUUUUGGUUCGAGUAAGCGCGAGGUUCGAGUUAGCGAGGGUUCAAGUCAUCGGAAGUCAACUGUAUAUGUAUGUUCCUGUUAGAACGCGCUGGUUUAUACAGACCAGCUGGUCAUAUCACUGUUCUUCAUGGAUAGAAUCGCUGUGCAGGAUCAUCAGAAGCUCUGUUGGUUUUGAUUGCAACCUACCUUUUGAUUCUUAAAUUUCCAGUCCUCACUGUUUGAGUUAGAAGGAAUGCACCUACAGCUGUACAUUGUACAUGUACAUGUAUGUAGUUAACCCUUCCCUCACCCAAAAUUGUGCCCUAGGUAAGUAGUUUGUGUUAAACUUGAGUUAGGGGAGGGGUAGGUCAGAAGUUUACCAGUAACUUACACUGAAUUUCUUUAUUGUCUGCUUUGGAACAAAUCAGCUGUUAUAUUGAUAAUGGGAAUAAUCCAUUCUUUUUGGAGUCUCAGUGCCAUAGACCUAAUCACAGUUUUUGACACCAUCCUGCUCAGUAGGCAGGCAGGUGAGAAAUGGUGUCACCAUUGAUUUGUAUGUCUGAGAAUCUGAUGUCAAAUAAUUUUAGUGAAUAGGCUUUUCUAGAAAAAAAAAAAUCCCAAAAUCACUUUUUCAAAUAGAGUGUAACUUGUAUAUUAUAUACAAUUGUCUGUAAAAUAUUCCCUCCGACUGACUCAAAUUUCCUGCAAAUAGUUUGCUAUAAUUAAUGUAUGAAAAUUCUGCAACAAGCAGCUUCUAGCUAGCAUAGGUCUAGCUGUGCAAGAAGAUACCUCUGCCUUGUAACAUUUGUUUACAGUUCAAUUUUUUUUAACAACAGAUGUUAUACACUGUAGCAAAAUUAUUCAACAUCAGAUUUUCACAUUACAUACCUAACACUGUAAAUAUCUUGCACAUACUUAGCCAUCAAGAGGGUAUAAAAAACUGUUAUAUGGUCUAUUGUCACUCUUGAUAUAUUUGUGGUUAGGAUGAAGUAUUAUUUUUUAAGUAAGUUGCCUGGAGCAUGAUUUUUUGGGUGAGCGUAGUUUUGGGUAGGACUAUUGUUGACAGUGACUGAUGUUUUGACAACCUGUGUGGUAGUCAUCUUCACACUCAAAGAUAUUAUCUUUGUCAUCAUCAUCAUCAUCACCAACAUGAUCAUCAUGAUUGUCAUUUUUGUCAUCAUCAUCAUCAUCAGCAGCAGCACUCUUCAUGCCAGCAUAAGGGUAUCAUGCUGUCUGUCCAAUGUACUUUGUCUUUUAUGGAUGGCCUCUUUUACCCUUUGAGAGUUUCACUGUGGGUACUAAUGUAGUCAAUGGAGCACUGAAAACUGUUUCAAAGAAGACAGACUGCAAAUCAUUAUCGAUGUUGCUGGAAAUAUCUGUAUGCCAUAACUGUUCAUCAUUAGGAUACCUACUAGUAACUAUAUUAGUGUAUUGCAGAACCUCGUGAAGCUCAAGGGAGAAACCCAUAAAAUGUCAGGGAUGAAAGGGGGUGGGGGUCCAAGAGAAUUGGAGUACCAUAUUUCCUCGAAUAAUUGACAUCCCUUGAUUAAUCAGCUCCCUCAAAUAAUCACCCCCCUUUGAUGGAAAUACUUGAAAUAAUCACCUUCUUCAAAUAAUCGCCCCUCCCCUGCCCCUCUUGCCAUUUUCUCUUCCUUUAAUCCCCUGUUUCAAGUUAAAGUGCAAUGAGAUUCAGCAAAGACCGUCAGCAAACUGGUCAGUGAUGAUUCAAGCUCUGAAAAUUAUCAAGGAACUAAAUUUGGAACACUUAAAAAGCCCAUGUUCAUGUUAUUUGACAUGAUUAUUUUUGGAUUUAAUGGAAAAAAAAACAAAAUAUUUAGGGCAUGACUUCCAGUGUCAGUGAGCAAGAAUUAUUUGAAAUAAUCACCUCUCUCGAGUAGUCACCUUCCCUCAAAUAAUUGCCUUCUUUUUGUGCAAAAAAAGAAAUAAUCACCCCCAGCUAUUGUUCGAGGAAACAUGGUAAAUUGUGUAACUGGGGCGGGUGGAUUUCAACACUGCCUCUAACAACGGAAAGUGAGAUGAAGGUAAUAUCCUUUUUUUUGGAGUAAAUUUGAACCCAAUAAUGUGCAAUUCUAUAACAUUGGUUUCAUCUCCAAUAACAAUUUAUUAUAAUAUUUUUAAGCCAUUGCAGUUAUCAGGACAUAGCCAAGUGAUUAGUGCAACUUGCUUUGGACAGAAAAACAGGCCCCUUCUCCUUUGCACAGCCUCUGAGGACUUCAUCUUUAUCUGGAACAUUGACAGAAUUCUUGCUGUUGAUAACAUAAGUGAGUGCAUAUGUUACAGGUCAAAUUAAAUUGAGGUUAAUAUUUUUUAACUUAGGUUGAUUCUCAAUUUUCUUUGUCUCCUAGACUAAUUCCUGAAUAAUUAGGGCUAGAAAACAAAGGAAAUUGGGAAUCAACAUAAAGGUUAAAAAAUUUUAAGAAAGUUUUACAAGACGAUAGUGUUGUAAAACUCAGUUAAUGGAACAUGUCGCAUUUGGCCCUGUGGGGCUAUGUACUUUACACCCAUAUAUCAAUAGUAACUUACAUUGUUGAUAAGUAUAGUGACAUUCUUGAUAAAGUGAGUUUUGUGAGUGCAUUAGCACUCCCAAAAUUAGCAAAAGCAAGACCAAGAAUGGACAGAAGUUUAUAAGGAUUCACUUUUUCAAAGAUCCAUAAUAUAUAACUACAGUGUAUACAGUAUUGACUUGUAUGACCAUGCAAGACAAAAGAAAACAGAGAUUAAAUCACUAUCUAGAAGAAAAGUAUUUCUCUUUGGAAAACUUAUUGUGUUAGCCACUGGAUAGUGAUUAUUACAUGGAUAGUGUUAUCCAGCUUUUUAACAACUUGGGCCAGUUUUUUUCUCCUUGUUCACGGAGAAAGGCUCUGUAGCAGAGUUCACCAAUAUAGUGAUUGCAUUGCUUUUAAUUCCUAAUAAUUAUUGAUAUCUUGUUCCAUAGCUAGUGAUCACAGUAGUGGUAGCCCUGUGGGCAAAGACCUUGGGCAUGUCCAACACCUUAGUUUCAGUCAUACAGACAGACUGUUAACAGUGUGCAUUAAAAAAGAAAUAUGGGUCCUUAAUAUCCAGGUUAGUAGCAAACUAGAGUUGCUACACAUUAGGACAUACCAGUAGUCAGGGUGAUAAAACCUAAGGUUAUAGGAGAGUUGUAUUCUAUAAGAUGACUCGGAUGCCUAACAGAAAAAUCCAUUGGCAGGAUAGUAUUUUCAUCUCAGUAAAUGGCUUUCAGAAAAAUGGCUUUCUUUUUUUAUAUUGACAAAUUGCCACUGUGGCAUGUUAAGUGUGAAAAAACAUACGUUUACAGACACAAUGUACAUGUAGAACUGUAUUUUUUUCUUGGAUGUUUUUUUGCAAAUCAAUUAUUGAUAAUGGGCUUGGAAUGGACAGUUUUAGAGACUAGAUUCUAGACUUGGGAAUUCUUACUUUAGUUAGUGAAAAGUGAGAAAAUUGGCUGGAGUUCUUCAAGAUUUUCAAAUAAUUUGAAAAUCUUGAAGAACUCCAGUCUAUUGAUAUCAGCUUGACAUAAAAAAUAUAUAUAUUUCUAACUUGCACUAGUUAGUUUCACAUUUAGUUUGCUUUAAACAUUUUGAAGAAAUUGUGGGAAACAGAGUUUUUUCAUCCCUAACUCCUCAUUAUUUAAUAUUAAUGUUUUGUACUAUAAAUGCCCUGAUUAGAGUUUGGUGCUGUAAACAUGAACUUGAAAUUUUACAGUGAAUUUUUUAUUCAUCUGAUCUGUUUCUCGCUGAUUUUAGACCAGCAAGUUGGAUACUCUUUUGGAAGGACACACCAGCCUGGUGACUUGUGCACAGUUUUGCCCCAAUAAAGAAUCAAUUAUUGUGUCUAUAAGUGAAGACAGAACAUUUAAGGUUAUGACCUUUUUAUGUACUAAAUAACUUUUUGUUGUCCCUGUAACAAGCAUGAAGAGUGAUCAAUGCAGUGAUGUUAUUUGGCAACAAGCAUGUGUCAGAAACAAGUGAACAGUGUUAGAAUUAUUGCUGGACACUGGAGAAUGGUUAAAAAAAUUAGAUGCAAUUAGGAGAGCAGAAGGUGGAGCCUGCAACUCCCAUACUUAGCCUAUGGAACAGUGUUUUCACCAAUCAAGUCAUUUUUAGCAUCAUUUAAGUUUGAGCACUUUUUCCCAUGAAAAUGGAAGCACUGUUCCAUAUGCAUUUGCAUUGAUAGCAUGACCAUUACAAACAGAAGAUGUAUAUGGUAUCAAAACAUCAGAAAUACUUUUUUCUGGUCUCUGGUUCUAAAUGACUGAUUUGUAAGACUUACACUGUAUUUGAUAUUCAAACUUUUUGGGAAAAUCGAUCUAAAAAAUAAACUGGACUGUGUAAACACCAUUGCAUGGCACAAGGGAGUUUCUCACUCCCAUUUAUUAAUAUUUAUUAUUAUUAUUUUUAUUAAUUUAUUUGUUUUACUAGCUCUUCAAGUUGUCCACAAUAUGUCGGACAAAACGUGUUUUUGUAUGGGUGUUUGAUAUGGCUUACAGUCUUCAGCUUCUCAACAUGUUCAUGUAAUUUAUGAAAUUAAACUUCACAGUAAAUUACCACUUUCACUUUGUUAAUUUAUUAAUUUUGUGAAAUAUUAAAUGGUGUAAAUAAUUUUAUAAAAUAUAAAUUAAUAUAAAUUACAAAUUUUUUAUGUGCAUGCUUAUUAGAGUACCUGAUUACAAUUUGCAGGUUUGGGAUAUAGAUCAGUCAUGCCUAGUCUAUCAGUCAGCCAUUUUGUCAGGUACAAGUCAUUUAAGUGUUUUAAAAACAUUUGAUGCACCCAUUAAUUUUCUGGCCUUGUUAAUCUCUUUUUUUAUAUUAAAAGUCUUUGCACCUGAGGAUAUACUUGGAUGCAAUUUUGAUUGUGUCUUGUACACAUGGCUUGUUGUAACCGAUUAUAAUCCCUUUUUUUAAAAUACAUGUACAUGUAUCAUGCUUUCAAGUUGACCCUUCUAAACGUCUUUCAGCUCAUCCCUUCAUAUCUCUGGCUAUUGAUCCUGUCCAAGACCAGAUGGCUAUUGGCUCUGCAAAUGGAAAGGUAGUAGUGCUUAACUGAGAGUUUCUUACUUGUGUUGAAGAAACCAUCACCGGUAGCCAGACUGCAUUGGGGAGUUGUUGUUGUUCAGUGUCUUCUUAACACUUUCCUUUUUACUAAUAUUAUUAUAGCCAAGGAACAAAAAUACCAAAAUUCAUAUUCCCUUUAGCAAAAUCUUAAGAAAUAAAAAGCACCAUGCAAAAGUUCUGCAGAGGAAGUUUUCAUUUCAGUGGUAACACCAUAGAAUGUCAUCCACAGAUUAAAAUUUUAGAGUGUAAUUAUCAUCAAUUCUUUACCCAAUUAAGUUAAAAGUGCCACUUCUGUAAAUAGUUUUAAAAAGAUGCUGACUGAGUAUUUUACCUUAUAAUUUUAAUUUCUUAUUUCUCAGCACACACUUUUUAUAUUGACCUAGCUAGAUAACGCUUCAGACAAAAAUGCCAUUUAGAUAAUUAUCUUUUAUUUCCUCCGUUAUUUGUAGGUUCAUAUGUAUGAUCUAACUUAUGAUGGCGGCUUCCACUGUCUGUUUGAGCUGGACAUCGGAAAAUUGUUGCAAAAGUACUGGGAUCAGAAGGAAAUUUCUGCUGCUACAUCUUACAAAGGACCAUCAUUUAUAAGCAGUCAACCAGCCUGGCAGAAAGAGCAGAUUCCUGAGGAUGAUAAAGGGACUGUAAUUGAACUAGAACCUGGAACAGCUGUGUUUGGAAUAUAUUUUGUCAAGAAUCCAGAGCAGUCAAAUGCUGGAGUACAGAGUGAUAUGGCCUUAUAUGAAGCUGUUUUUGGGCCACAAAAGAAAGCAGCUAUCAAGUAAGAAACAUCAAGUGGGUUAUAUGAUGAAAAAAAGAAUUAAUUACAGGGUUCCAAAUUUUGGUUUUAAAAUGAGUCAAUGGGGCCAAAUUUAACAAGGCACCCAUAGUUGAUAUAAACUAUUUAUAUGGCCUCCAGAUCGUUAUUGUUGUUUACUUUUAAAACAUCAAUGCAAGUGGGGAAUUGUCACAAAUUACAAUAAUAAUUAGCCUGCUAGAUUCUUUUGGAUACAGUGUAAUUUUUUCUUCAUAAAAAUAAGAACCUAAAUAGCCUAAAUUUGUGCCUUAUUACCAUUAAUAAUGUAAGAACCUGUUUCUAUGGCUACCCUGGGAAAAUCACCAGGCUCUUACUCACAGGUUUUUUAAUGUACAUGUAUUUGAGAUUAAGAUGAUUCAUGUUUACAGAAAUGUAUAUAUAACACAUGUUGUCUCACUAUAACCUAUUUUUUAUUUUUGUAGAGAUGUAUUCCAUGUUCCCUCCAUUGUAGCCUUAGCAACCUCGGCCUGCAUUAUCCUUCUAAACUGCAAUAGCAGAGAGCCACUUUACAUACUGGACUUUCAAGGUGAACUACUGUGUAACGUUGUAAAACUGAUCUUGACCAUGUCUGUCACUUUAAUCUUAAAACAGCUGCCUUUGGUGCUAGACACCUACAUUCUGAUUUCUUUUGAGCAGUAAUAAUUCACUUGUCGUUAAUAGAGAGGAGAAGUUGUUAUGUCAUGUUGCCAUGGUAGCAAAAUUUCUGGAUCUCAACUAACUGUUGUCCUGCAAACAUGUCAAAAAAAAGAAAAACUUGACAUUUAUGACUUUCCUGUGCAUGAUUGCACUCAGGGACAAAACGAUAGCCCAUAUUUUUCUUCCAUCGUUUCACAAGGCAAUAGGCCGUCUCUGUCAAGAAACAUUAUUGAGUCUAGAAAUUUUGCUACCAUCGUAUUAAACGUAAUGUCACACUUUUCCUCUCUAUUUUUCUCUUAAUUUAAUGAUCUAUACAGAAAUUCGACCAAGAAAGUUCUUAAGUAAGUUCUGCUAUGUUGGAAAUCGCUCAAAAUGUUUUUAAAGCAACAAGGAAAAAUCUUAGCCUUAAGGGGGCUAUGUCACAAGGACAUAAUUUGCAGUUUUACUGUGCUAAAGUCGUUACCUUAAUAGUGCCUUUACUAGACUACGAGCAGUCUCCCUUUAUUCUUGGUCCAUCGAGCAAAACGCGCGAGACACGCAAAUGACCACGCGCGUGACCAAAGGCGCGAGAUGGGAGCUUCAGAAGAUGGGAGCGCCCUCAUUUCUCGCGUCUCGAGGCUUCGCCGCUCGACGCUCGCGCGCGCGUGCACUCCCCUCACUAAAUCUGUAGAAAAGGAGAGACUGCUCGCGUAAUAAUUUUUUGGUAAUUUUUGCAGCCAUACCAUUAAAGCUUGAAAAAGUUGGGCCAUUUUUUUAAAGUUUCAAUCCAUAUCCAUCUUUGCAAUCUGCUGCAACAGACGACAGGAAACAGUUUCAAUGCAUAAAUGUAGUCUUAAAUAACAAAACUGGACCAUUAUUUUUGGUAUUAUAUUGAUUUCAUAAAAGUUUUAGCUUUUUAUAGAGAUAGCAAAUAGCGUUAGGUAGACCUCUUUAAACCAACCUUGAAAAGCAGUUUCUUUAUUGUUACAGAGCCUGUUUUAUCCAGUGAUGAGCUGGAUGAAGUUCAGUAUAACAUAUCUACUCCUGGUUCAUUUGCCUUUGCUCAGAGACCCAACGGUAGUGUAAGUUUUUUUAAAAUUUUGUUAUUUGGUUGAACACUAUUUAACAUGCAUAAAUGGAAUGAGAUUUUUUCAUUCAAGAUAUAUUUCUCUGUUUCUGACUGGCUUCAGACCCCCUACUAAUUUUUCGUGUCCAGCUAGCGUUGACCAAAUUUGAAAGACGUUUGCAAUAUCAGGUAAAAUGACGUCAAUGGUGUCGGAUAUCGCUAGAAAAAUGUAUGGCAACCGGGAGGCUCUGCGGUACGAUGUUGCAUUAGAUUAGCUGUUUUGGUAAAGCUGGAGAAAAUGGCGGUGAAUUUCAAACGUUUUGAGAGGUAGAAAUAGCCGAACCGCAGCCUAAAAACAUGGAAAGAAAAGCAAAAAUACAACUCGACCGAUGACACCUGCCAUUUCUGUUAUUUAAAGAAUAUCUGCUAGCUUAAAUAUCCAUUGAUAUCCUGAUAAAGGUAUUAGCUUCUUUUUAAAGUCUGAAUUAUUUUGAAUUAAUAAAAAAACAGCAGUGAUUGUGUUCGGUUUUCGUUUGAUCUAAAGAAUUAUGCAGACGAGAAAAAAUGAAAGCAAGCUUCUUGUCGAACAAAGCGAUUACGUGCUCUGAACAGCUCUUUAUGAGUCCUCAUUGACUUACACGCUAAUAGUUUAUAGAUUCAUCAUCAAUGAAAAUAAUUGUCCCUCUGUCAUUUAAAUGAUUUAACAAAGUAACAAGUUUUCAAAUCAGGCAAGUUCACCUUGGAACAGCUUAUCAACUUCAAUCUGUUGUAUUUUUUUUUUAAAUAUCAUUUCAGGUCACUUGUAUGAUCGGCAGCUUGUUCCAAAACACUGUUAACGUCGUGAAUAUUAAACUGCCAAUGAUUAACAAGGAAAACGAAAGUGUCUCUGAGGUAACUCUUGAUAACUUUUUUUCUCUAUAAAGGGGUAAAUUCAAUAAAACUUAACAGGUGUAAUGUACAAUCGUAGGUAUGUUUUCAAACUCUGAAACAGUAGCAACACUUGUAAAAGUUUCAUUGAAUUGACCCCAGCUUUCUGUGUGGAGUUUUAAAAUUGAACAGUUUGUAAACGCAAUUUUUUCUUAAUUUGUAGUGUUUUCCCUUUAUUUACUAGGUCUUGUCUCAAAGGUUUUCGCAGUCAAUAGGUCUCAAUUCCCAUGGUAACCAAGAUGAGGAGACACCAGGCUUAAGAGGAGCAGAGAUGACGUCAACGACCACUAUCACCGUCCUUUCCAAGUAUGUUUUUCCUUAAUUAUUUCGUUAUAGAAGCGCUGUUUUAUAUUUGUAUGGGUAAUAGCAUAAUUUUUAGUGAUAUUUCAAAAUUGUUAUACGUAAUUUCACGAGCCGUUAGGCGAGUGAAGUUUGCGACAAUUUUGAAAUAUCACGAGUGGUAUUUAUGCAAAAUAUCACGUACAAAUCAUGCUAUUAAUUGUUUGUACUACUACCGUUAGAAGGUUUGUAAUUUUCACAUGUAGGUAUUUCAACUUACGCUGAAAUACCACUGCUCUAAGCCAAUCAAAUUGCAGAAAUUUCUCAUGUAGGCGUAUAAUUUGUUUAUACUACUACCCUCAAAAGGUUUGUAAUUUUCACAUGUAGGUAUUUCAAAUUAAGCUGAAAUACCACUGCUCUAAGCCAAUCAAAUUGCAGAAAUUUCUCAUGUAUUAGUAUAAGCUGGUAAACAUGUUCUUGAGAUUAUUGCAAUUUAUCGGUAUUAUGGUGACAGCCUUUUGCUAGUUUCUAGGCCUCAAAAUUUUGCUUCGCGCGAUCGAUGCUUUUGGGAUGGGUCGCGCGAUGCAAGCGAAGAAAUGGAUAAAGAAAGCCAUACAGGAAUUAAGCGUCUUUACUGCAGACUAUUUUUCAGUUGACUGUCAAAAACUCAAACCUCGUCUAGGCCAAAGUGGACAAAACCCAGUGCACCAAUCAGAAGUCGACGUAAAUACAUGCAACCGGCGAAAAGCGCGGGAAAAACGAGUGUGCGCGAACAAAUCCCGAUUGAAUUUGAGCCAGUUACAGAGAAUUUAAUAACAGGAAACCAAUUCAAUUCCGAAAUAAAACUUUCCAAACUUUAUAUUGACACCUGGAAAAUAAAGGACUUUUGUUAAAACAAGUGUGACUGAAAUAUUAAAAUAAAGCAAUUAAAUUUCUUGCAGUUCCCCCUUGUGCAGCAACUCGCCAUUGAAGGCGGAGCUUGUUCCAAAAACAGGGACGAAACAACACCAACAGAAAAGACCGUCACAAAAAGGUGCUUGGUGACCUGUGUAGUGUUUGUACCAAAUUCCAAGGGAUACUGUUAAACCAUAUUGCACUGUAAUUGCUCUACCAACAAGAUCGAUUUUUUUGUGUGUUUAUUGCAAUAGACCAGUUCAUGAUUGCAUUCAAAAUGUUUCUGUACAUAUCAUUCACAGCGCUUUCAAACUGGCAACUGAGUUAAAUUGUCAUUAUUCAGUACUGUUUAUUUUCCAAGCUUUUUUUCUUGUACAGUUAAACCAUCGCUAAUUACCAUUGAAUUUAAGGAAACCCAAAGCGAGAGCCAAGGACUUUUUUUUAAGUUCAACAGGUACUAUAAGAAGGAAGAAAAUUUAAGCGAAUAAGCCAGAUCACUUCAAUGAACUGUCAUCCCUGCGUAUCGACCAUAUCUCCGUUCCAACUUGCUCACCAAUACUUUUUCACGUUCGUGGUAAACGGUCUUCACUUUGUACAUGAGAAACUAAUGAACUCAAAAGUUACAUGAAAUUAAGAAAAAGGUUUCGGUGUUCCUCGUAUGCACAUAGAAAGUAAUUUUAAUGCCUUAAGAAGCUAGGUUAAGGCGAGUCUCGUCACAAGGGUUCUGUGAGUGUAUGUCAAAACGAUGCCAUAAAACGGUUUUGUAUCUGGUGUUUCAGGGAAAACAUUAGGCGUUCGCGACAAACCACUUACUUUUCACUCAAAGGUCAAAUCGUCUGGUUACUCUGCUGCUCCAAGGUAUGGUUUGGCAUUGUAAUUUAUAUUUAACCCUUUAACUCCCAAUAGUGACAAAGAUCAAUUUUUCUCCUAACAAUAUCCAUAUAAUGUCAAAAGAUAAGUUAUGUGAAUUAAUAAAAUGAUCAUCCAAGAGAAAGUGCCUUGAUCUAUUAUCAAAUUCUCUCAACUAAUUCGUAAAGGAAAUGUAUGGAGAUCAAUUUGGAGAAUUUGUAUGUGGAUACUUGGGCUUGAGGGUUAAAGGAAAUGAAGAAAUAAAUAGUGACUCGUUGGGACCUCGGUAAAAGGUGACGCAGCCACUUAAUAGAGGAUUACCGCUUAAUUAAUAUAGGUCAAUUUUACCGUAAAAAAUUUAUUUACGGGACUUUGGUAAAUGACUUCGUAAAAGAGGUGACCACUUUUAAGUGUCACACCGACAGCGUUACAGUAGUUUGGUGGGUGGCCGUUUAAUACAGGUUCGCUUAGAUAACACAGGUUAGAUUGUAAUUACAAAUCGAAAUUUCCGUAAGACUGACACCACUCGAAAUACUAUGAUUUUUGUCCUCCCAAGACGGUAAGGCGCGCGGCAAGCCACUUGUCAAAGAAUGUUAGGCGGAAUUCCUCAACAGGUUUACAAGCCAAGUUUAUUACCGGUACUUUCGUAGAUUAUUAGAUAAGCUCUAAGUGUUAACUUAUUACUGGUCCCUUUCUUUUGGAAAAAAUUAGUGAUCUGUACCAAAAAAAGAAAAUAUUCUUAAACUUAUACUUCGAAUUUAUCCUUCGGGAAAUACAGGGAUUACGAAUAUAAAGGAAAUCCCGAUGUAUAUUUCCGUCCAAAACCCCGGACUGUAUUUCGUUGUUUUAGCUUAAGCAAACGUCGAUAAUAAUGUCGAAUAUAAUGAAGCCACGUUCGUGUUCAUUUCACAGAUCUAAAAUGUUCUCGCCAAACACCAACAUGUCGAACAGAGCGUCGUCGGUCUCUUUGAAAAGGACGAAUGCCUCUUCUUCAAGUGUUAGGUGAGUUAUAAUUGAGAUGAAUGAAAAUUUAUAGCUGGAGUCCAUCGCACUGUAGUCUCUAUCUGCUAUAGGUAAGUGUUCAAGGGCGUUAGAUUUUAAGCCUAUUUUUAGAUUCCUUUUCUGGGAAAUUUGCUUUGACCUUCACUACUGGAAUUGCUCCCUUCGCUAGAAUCCGAUGACUUUAAACUCAAAGAAUUAAUUGGAGCAGCUACCCUCGGUUGAGACUUAUCUAGAAUUGCUGUUCAUUUACUGGGAAUCCUAUACCCUGCUCUAAUUGGUUGAGAGGUCUUUUUUGGCGCGAAAGAUGUUUUUAUAAAUAGCGGGACAGUCUAUAACGCUGUCACCCAGGUCUAGAGGAGUGGUGGAAGCUCUUGGAAUGGAAUAAAGGAACAACUGAACGAAUGAGAUCCUUUACGAACUGAUGAAUUUUCAUUAAUUAGAUCACUGUGUUUUGCGGCAUUUUUGCUUCUAUGGCCAGUUGUGGCUUAUAAAGUAACAGGCUUUCUAUUUUUCAGUAGAAAAUUUCCCUUUUAUCAUAGGUCAUCUCACAAGGAGUACCCUAUGGACAGCGAAGCUCCGACAAAUUUGCAGCAUAAAAUACCGCUUACGGAACAGCCAACUCCUGUAAACAGCCUUGUGUUUUCAGGUACGGGAGCAAAAUUAAAAACUUUUAUAUCCGGUAAUAUCCAAACCAGGCAAAUCAGUUAUUAGAACUUAGGCCAUUCCGAGGUUGGGCGUGUGCGACUCGGUCAGUGUUUUGUCAAAUUGCAUUGUGGGACUCCGCUUCUUCUCUUUUCCAUUUGAAGGUUGUGCAGGAAACUGGGUCAAAAUUCGUCCCCCCAAAACAGUCCCAUAGUGCAAUUCGAUACAACGUCGACCCAGUUUCAAACUCAAAAUAGUUAAUUUAGUGGUGCAUCUACUGCCAAGCUCUGGCAAAUGCGCCCCUCGUAUCGAGCGCGAGUAAAACGCAACUUUGUCUUCUAUCGACCAAGGCAUGUUGGGGAGAUUUUACUCUAAACAAAGCGCGGUAAAACUAGUGCCAAUGGCAUGAAAUCUUUUAACUGUGGCCCGGUAACUGAAUCUAAGUACGAACAAACAUCUGGGACUCGGAACCAGUGGCUGCAAAAUUUAUACUGCAUGAGUCCCAUGACGAGAAGGAAACUGGGCCGAGUUAACUUUCCCAGAGGCUUCUGGGACAGUUAAAGCUGGCGCCUCCCCAGUAACAAUCCCAGAAACAACUGCGGGGCACGUUUCGAUUCCAGCUCCCUUCUUGUUUUUUAUAGUGGCAAAUGGUUUACUGAUCAUCAUUUUAGUUCACUCUUUUCUUUAGUUGUCUUAUUUCCUCAUUGUUGAAAUGUUUCUCCACAGGGGAUGGACGACAUGUAGCCUGUGCACUGGCGAACAAGAGCGCUCACGUAUUAAGAACUCCACCUUCAAGCAAAGAGACAGUAUUCAGUGGUCAGGUUAUUUAUUGUGGUCACUAUAACACCAUCUGCUCGUUUUGAAAAGCUCGCACACAAAAUGAGCUGAAUUCAGACUAAGGGAUUUGUGGAGAGUCAGCUGACUUUAGAGCUUUUUACUGACGCUGGGUUCCAACAGCCUGAAAUGUAUACUACUGAAUCAAUAAGUUGCUAUUUGAGCGAUAAUCAUAAAGUUUAAGUUGGAGUGAUCCGUUGUUGAUGUACGGCCAGGCUAUGCGGUACUCAAUGAUUAGCGUCUGCGUUGCUUUUUCCCCUUUUUUAAGUUCAUGUACUUAAGACAAGGGCGUACCCAUCCAUUUUGAAACGGGAGAUCUAACUCGUCUGACACUACCACCCAAGAAACAGCAAACUGAGAGUGAUGGACACUCAAGUGGCCUGAAGUUUGCAAGUCUUGCGCGUACGCAAAUCUUAACGUCGUUGGUACAAAUGAUGAAAGUAGAUACCAGCCGCUGUUCGGGAAAUGAGCCCGCGCUCCUCCCCCGAAAAGGCGAACCCGAGAGAACGGCGGAAAUCAAACCCAAUGGAGCGCCUUUAUUCCACUCUUUACUUACCCUUCAAAUGCAUGACUGCCACGCAGUUAUUUCCCACCAGACGGUGCUUGAGUGUUGCCUAUUAUCUCAAAUUAAGGCUGGCAAAAAUUUGGAAAACAUAUCACGAGAGCGGUACAUAAUAAUCAAGAAGGAACUGACGCCUUCGAAUUUGUUAUUUAUCCUGUUGUAGGCCAUGAUGGCUCAGUCACAAGCGUAAAUUUUAGCCACGACAAUAACUGGCUUCUGACGUCAUCAUGUGACAGGACAGUUAGGUUGUGGAGUCAUAGUCAGUCGGAUCCUUUAUUGACAUUGUCAUCUGUCAAUCAUAACUUUGCCACUGAAUUGGGUAGCUCUGCUAAGUUAAAGGUUAGUGGUUUGAUAUACUUUGGAGAUCCCUUGUUUGCCUCGGGGCAACAAACUGUAACGAAGUGUAUGGGGGAGUCACGAGAACUCACCCUGAAAACCUCACACGAAAGGAAACGCAGCUUCACCGCUCGCUUGUUCUCUUGCUGGUCGCUUUGCUCGCCAGAAUUGGAGAGCUUGAUCGCAACCUAGUGAAAUCCAGUCAGUUUUGUUUGAAUUUCUUAACUCAUUAAGAUCUGAAGUGAUGAAAAUAUUAAUCUCAUACAUUUGAACCGCGGAAUGUAGAAAUAGAUUUAAGGAAGAUCAUCGUAGUCAAGGACAUCACUGCAUAAGAUGCGUUUUUAACUGCGAUGAUCUUCUCUACAUUCAUUCCAUUAAGAUUUGGUCCAAGCUGGGUAAACGAAAACAGGAGUCUCCAAAGAAAUGAAGAAAAAUUUAAAAUUUAUUUUCGGAAGUAAUUUUAAUGGUUGGGUUUCUUUGGAAUGAUCCGAAUCAGGAUUGAUGAUCCAAGAUCACUCGGAUAGUGUGAUAGUGGUGCGAAAAAGGAAACGCUAAAUCCUUUGAUGCACUGAUCCGAGUAAUCAUGAUAUAAACCCUAAUCUGAACCAUACCGCAGGAACGCACACUGAACUUGUUGUUUACUGCAUCUUGGUUCUUUAUUUAUCGAUUCAUUUAUUUCUGUUUCUUUUCACAGGACAACCCAUUGUUUCCUAAAGAAAUAACCCAGGCAAAGUUUUAUUAUGUUGACAAAUUUAUCCUUCUUGCCUACGGAAACGGGCUACAUAUGUAUAAAUACCAUAUUGAUGCCGGAAACAAAGAUGACGUCAAAAGGUGAGGUCAGCAGUGUACUCCUUUGGCGCAUGCGACGUUUGAUAACAGUUUGGGUUCUUGUUUAUGUUUAUAUGGAUGAACAUUUGACCAAUAGGAAAGGGGUACGGGUUGGGAAUAAUAAGCGCAAAGCACGCUAAUUGAACUACAGUCUAACCUCUCCUUACGGAAACCUCUAUAAUACGGACACCUCUCUAGUACGGACAGUUCGUUUGGUCCCAGAAAUGCCAAAAAUCAUACAUUCCCUACCUCUACAAUACCGACACCUCUGUAAAGCGGACACGUGGUUCUGUCCCUUUGGUGUCCGUAUUAAAGAGGUUUGACUAUAUGCGGAAAAAGAAAGCAAUUUUUUUGCCUUGAAAUGAUAACAGGAGGGCAACGAAACUAAAUCAACAGACAAACUUAAAGGUAGCUAGUUACUUGAAUGAUUACCAAGUGGAGAAAAAGACACGGAGUUUGGUCAGUUGGUUUAGUGAGCUACAGUACUAAAGUGACAGACCGGCUAGGCUUUCCCUAUGUUGACUUAAUUUUAAUUAGUGGGAAGAAAAGGUAAAAUCAGGAUAAAUCACGAUAAUGUUCAUACGCAAAUUGUUUUAAUCUUACUUGCAGUUUCCGUUAAGCCUGUGAAAACGAUUUUGUUACUCGGCCAAGGCGCACCUUAAACUUAGUAUCCAAAUUUUCGUUUCUGCUUUCUGAUCAUAAAUGACGAUGAGAUUUUUCCUUGUGUAUAGGUAUCAGUCGAACAACAAGUACAAACUGGUGAAGAUCUUUCAACAGGAAAGAGCCCAACAAAUCACCUGCUUCUCCGCAAUAAAUGGAUUCCAUUCCUGUAUCCUCUAUCUUGUGUGUUUAUUAUUCUUCCUACUCAUCAGUAGUGACUACAUGAAGGACUGCAACCUCGUUCUCAUGAUCCUUUUCUGCUAUCUCUCUCCGGGGGCCGAGUUGGACAGAACCCUGGGAACGAGGUUGGAUGAACCACACCGGGCGUUAGCUCGUAAAAAUAAUCACAUGUUUUGUUGCGUGGUAACUUCAUCCGGUGUUGCAUGUAGUAGCAUAACAUAUCAAGAAAUUCUCAAGGACUUUACUCAUCAUCCUUUCCUUGAUGAUUGUGCAGAUAUAGUUUUGUGCUGCGGCUCCAACAAAUCUAUAGAGGUGUUUGAUAUGAAUGCCGCCCGCUCUGUCCGCGUGGUCCUGGACGCCCACACUCGGCCUGCUCAUACGAUUUGUCAGAACGAGGUAAGUAACGCAUUAGUCCAGUUCGGAUCCUCUCUCUGUCACUCUCUUUUACAUGACGACAGAACGUGACAGUGUGUGAGCCGGACCAGUAACGCACGUGCGGUUUGGGCAGCGUGGGUCACAACCUGGCAAAGUAACGCAGCAACCUGGACAUAAAAUCCGAAAGCCUCGAUUCCCGAUUCGAUAUGUUUCUUGGUAGUCCGGAGAUCAUCUCGUCGUCACUGGAUCAUAAUCAAGUGGUUUGCCUCCUGUCAGUCAAGAUUAAUUACUCACGUAUUCGCCAUUUUCAAAUUGCCUAUAAUUCACCUUCUCCCCGCCCCCCCGCCUCCCCGAAAAAAAAAUGCAUAAACAUUGUCUUCAGUUUCUGUAAGGUACGACUGUAUGUUACACCCUUGAAAAAAUAGAAACAAUGGUUAUGCAAAAUCAGCUUCAAACUUUGCGCAACAACAUACAACAGGGUGUGUAAAUUGACGCGACAUGCAACAUCCAACAAUGCCGGGAGUUGUUGGCCAACAAUGUUGCGUCCGUCUGCACAGGGCUUUAUGAUUCGCCGUAAAAUUCGUUUCGCCUGAUGAUUGGUGAAGCUUUCGUAGGCGAAGAAAAAGGGUUGUAAUAAUUUCAACUUUUAAUACCUUUUGUUAUGCUCUUCAUGACUCAGGGUUCAAUGUUCGUUUCGCACCCGCCCAGUGCCUAUGAUUUGUUUUUGACGGCUGCAGUGACUGAUGGAAUAAAGUUAUGGGACCUGCGCACUAACAGGUGUGUCCGUCGGUAUGAUGGUCACGUGAACAGGUCGCAGCCAGUUGGACUUGACAUCAGUCCCUGCGCAAGAUAUAUCGCCACCGGUUCAGAAGACAGAUCGGUAAGUCGUUAAUUGUUUUUAUUAUUAUUAUUAUUAUUAUUAUUAUUAUUAUAUUAUAGUUAAUUCAUAAUCUUAUUAAAGUUUUUGCCUUCAUUCUAAAACUAGCCGUAUGUGCAAGCGUAUUUAUCACGUAAAAUAAAGUGUCCUAUGUCCUAACUAAUGCGUGGUACCAGGUCGUUCCACCCGAAGGGCGAUUCGCGCAACGGCAGUCCACCCGCACUUAAGUCUAUUCGCCGGAUGUUCGGCGUCUGAACCGGGCCUUACCGGCAGUGCAAGGUGUCAGUGUCAGGAGAUACUUCGCUGCACAGGCGGCGUUGUAUACCUUUCAGCAAAAGUAAGUCGCGAGUGCGAGACUAAGGAGCCCAUACGUGGCUCCCAGGCACCUACAUAAAACUGAACUUACCAGGAACAAAUACCGAGCACGCCGCGAGGGGCAAUUUCUAAACCGGCCAUUUGUUUUGGCACUGCUUCGAAUCUCGUUGCCUGGGCAGAAUCUACUGAUUUCCCCAUUUUGGUGUUAUUACUGUUAACCUUGCCAUUUCUGCUUUUUUGUAGGCUUAUCUGUAUGACAUUCGAGGCAAUUCAUUUUGUCAUCGUCUCACAGGCCAUACAGAUGUGGUGUCAGAUGUGUCAUUCCAUCCUGCUCGACCUCAGGUAUGCACAAUCUAUUAGUACCGAGACGGCUCUGUAAUGCUGCUAUGACACGCUACUUGCUAUCCUCUUUUUAAAAGCUAAAACCUUUUUUUGCAUAAAUUGAAUUCCAAAAGUUCUGGUCCAGUUUCGUUAUUGAAGACCAUAUUUAGGCAUUGAAAGAGCUUCCUGUCAUCUGUUGCAAUGGAAGACAAGGAUGGACAUGGAUUGAAACUUUUUUAAAAAGUUGGCCCAACUUUUUCACGAUUUGAAUUCUACGCCUGCAAAUAUCACCAAAAAAUGGUUAUUAUGGUUAGUGCUUCCUGAUGAAAUUUAUUUGGUAUCUUCUUCAUUAGCAUUUUGUGUAUUAGUUAAGGUAUUAAGUAAUGACUCCAGCACAGAAUUGACCUAAAACAGCGAUAUUUUCAUGGCUAAUGAUCCCUUUCGGGGUCAUUAUACGUUUCUGGGAAAUUGCCCACCUACCCCUCCCCUAAGCUAACAGUUUACCCUAAGUGAGAACUAAAUGUCAAUGUUAGCUUAGGGGAGGGGUAGGUGGGCAGUUUCCCAGAAAUAAGGAUAAGUCUGUAAACCAACGCAUUGUUUUUAGUGGAAUUGACGUUUCGUAUACUUAGCAACCGACUUUUAAAAGUAACCGUUACCAGGAGCCCAUCUGCCGUUACCAAAUGGGGUUGUUUCUUGGUGUUGCGGAUGCUAUUGUUGGCUAGCAAUUGAGUUGUUCUGUGGGUAUUUUUCAGUGUCUUUUCAAUCUUUUGUAUUACGUCAUUUGGUGAUUACACCCGUCCGCAACACUAAGACACUCAGGCUUCCAAUCAGGCCCUUAGAUGUUGUUUCGGACGCGAAUGUUUCUCAAUUUAUUCGCGCGGGAAACAAGAGGCGAGAAUACUGCUAUCUUUGUCACGAGCUUGGGACGUAUGAAAAAUCUGAGUUUCUGUCGGAAUUCGAUCUUGUGGUAUCAAAGAAUGUUGGUUGUUGGUUGGUUACUUUGAGCUCUGAGCGACAGUGGAACUCCGGGUAAACGGAACUAUGCCAUAUACUUGUCUCGUUCCAGUCCGACUCUCCUUUCCCCAGACUCGCUCGGAAAUAUUCAUUAUGGUGACGUAACUGAAUCGAAAGGCUCUCGUUUGGCUCGAAACACUGCACGUGACCCAUACGUAACGCACUGACCGCACCGCGAAAAUAUUGAGGCUUAGAAAUUGCGCAAGGUAUUUACAGUUAUACAGCUUUUUCGAGAAACGUGAACGCGACAAUCCUGAAAGGUAUUGUGGAUGGUUUUGAUCUUCACUGUUCUACAAAGAAAUUUGAAAGAAUGGCACAAGAGGCCACGGACAUAUGUUCGCGAGUGCUAAUGGAAGGCAACAAAAGUAAGGAACAGUGUAUUGAUUAAUCCCCCCUUUCGGGAUUGUCGCGUGCACAUUUUUUUCCGACAACCUUUCUCGAAAUUGCUGUGCCCUACUUACGGGAUCUAGGAUCAUCAACAUCAAAUUCAUCCCGUACAGUGAUAAAUAAUUAAAGAAAGUAAAUGUAGAUCUCGAUAAAUAAAUAAUAGAAUUUUGAUUUGUCACAAGUUUAUGAAACAUUGAAACAAUUCCAAGCACGAAAAAAACAUUUAAGUAAUUCCAAGCGCGAGAAAAAUGGCCGCUUUCCAGUCUUUCAACAUUUUGGGAAAUUUUGAAAUGUGAAUGAAUAGAGCGAGAUUUUCUAGACACAAUUUUCUCCAAAAAUCCCUCCAAAAACUGGAAAAUUUCGAAAGAGAACAUUCAACAGAAAAUUUGGGAAAUUCCGGUGACAACAUCGAAUGCAGAAAAUUGCAGGCACACUUUGAGAGGUUGUCUUUUUUUCGGAGCUUUCGUAUAAAAACGGACGCUAAAAGAGUGUUCUAGUCCCUUUUUUGUUGUUGGUUUUCAUUUGUUUGUUUUUCUGUUAGCCGGCAGGGUGCAAAGAAAGUCAGUUUUACAGCUUGUCAUCCGGGCAAGCUGUAGAUAGCAUGUACUGACCCAGGAGUCAUUUCAACUAGCCCGGAAAACAUAUUUUGAUGAACAGGAUUGAUAACAGUUCUUCUGUAAUUUGAAUUCCCCCAAAAACUUCACUUACCCGUCGGGCAAGAACAGAAUUCACUAGCCCAAUAGCAAAAUAAUCUAGCCACGACUUUCUUUGCACGUUGAGUCGGCCUUUAUUGUUGAAAGCAAAACACUCAUUAUGUCUGAAGCAGUGCCAAGCACCGAAAAAAGAUGUGAUACGUGGGCCGGCUGCACCGCAGGCUACCAAACAGAAAGAAAAAAUAAAUGUUGGUUGCGCAUAUCAUCAUUUUUUUUUUCCACUCUUAACUGGAUGAAAAUACAUUUAACUGUCCUUUCUGCUGAGAAUACCAACCGCUUCCUAAUUUAUUACCUAGAAAUUAACUAUUUCACUUUUUUUCAUACAGCGUGCAAAUCCUCCGGUGAAUUUUGACAUCAUUUACAUUUUAUAAAAAUGGCGUUUUAAUUCGAUUUCACGGGCGAAAGACGAAUUGUAGUGGUUUCUUAGAGCAAAUGUCGUGAGUGUUGAGUUUUCAAAACAAUCACAUGACUUGACCAUUGCUCGUUGUAGCAAAGUAUCUUGUUGCCAAAUUUGUUCCGGCUGGGAAUCGAUAUCAAGAUGAGUUUUACAGCCGAUUCUAUAUUUACUGUACUUGUUUCAUUCGCUAGAAAAGAUUGAAAAAAAUUUACGUACAAACAAGAAGUUAAGAGACCCUACCUAUCAGUUAUCGAAAUGAAGAUACACCCUUGCUCUAAAUUAAACGAUGUUCUCAUUGAUCAGCUUCGUUACAACAGCGACAAAAUUCAUGAGACUUUUUAAGUUUUAAUGAUGAACUGUGACACUUUGUGGAAUUUUGCGAAUAUAAAGUGAUUCCAAAGCUUAAAUAACUUGCUUUCAAAGGGCUAAAGUCACGGCAUUCCAAAUUCUUUCGUUUUACUUCAACAUCGACGUAGCAACGCAGUUUCUUUAGGAACUUCCUUGAACCCAGUUAAUGACACAACCGCCUAUUGCUCGGUUUACUGGAUGAGCGAUGAUUGCGUCGGAGUUUUCAUUGUAGUUUAUUAGUUAUUUUUGGCGUCCAUCCCCAACUAUUAAAAAAGGAUAAAACUUCUUGCGCAGACUCCUGUUUACUCAAUUUGUGACUUACAGGAAGUUUCAACUGAAUUAUAUAAGUGCUAGAUAAAAUAUUGAAAUAUUACGUAAAUAGUAUUGUUUUCAGUGGAGCUUUUUAGUUUAAGAAAUUGUCGAUCUCUCUCAAAGGUGGACAAUUCGUUGAAACUUUCGUGUUAUCAUAAGUUUCUUACUGUUUUUUUUUUUUGCGUCCUCGAUUGCCCAGCUUCAUGGGAACAAAAUUGCAAAAACGCGAGUAUUUCACGUCGCAAAAUUGACAGCCACGAUUGAAAAGCGGGAAACUUAACGACAAGAAGUAAAAGGCAAAAACAAUUCCUCCACUUGAGAGAGGGGGCGAUAAUAAAUGUUUAUUUCCCUUCCACCAAUCGUGAAAUGUUCCUUAAAAUAACGGGCAAACCAGUAACAUCCUGUAUCAGUUUUUAUAGUAAGACGAAGUAGCAAGCAUCAAAAAGUUCCCUUCUUUGUCAAUGAAACAAGGUAACCGACAGAUUCCUCAACGUGUUUAUUUUUUUUUUGUUUACUGCAGCUUGUUACCGCUUCUCUGGAUGGUAAAUUACGCUUCUAUUCAGAUCAAGCUUGAAGAAAAAUCAUUUUUAGGUGAGUUUACAGAUCAUAUUUUCUAAAAAAUGCACAUUUUUCAAAUUUUCAAGAUUAAACGUGUAGAACCACUGUAUACCCCACAGUUUGACAAAUAUUUGAGUUAAAUCGGCUCCACCCUCGAAUUCCACAAAACCCGUAACAGAAUGGAGAGAAUUGAGCAUUACUGUUAAAUUUCUUUGGAUUGUGUUGUUUUCUUGAAUGGGAUUAACUUAAAAGGACCGGCUAUACUGAAAAAUGUAUGUUUGGUGUUGUGGUGACAAAAGCGACUAUGUCGACUUCCUGUAAUAUCCUGGCCUUUGCGGGGGAAGCGGGAGAAAUGGGGUAGUGGGGGUGGGGGGAGGAGAGUAUUCUCCUCUGUCAGUCCUGCUUCUGUUUUUGUGUUGGAGAGCUGCGAUAAACCUUGGUUGUUUCAGUUCUUUUAAGAUCUCGAAGUUUAUACACCGAAGGUCAUGUCUUUAUUCAAGCCCGGUUAAAACGAUAGUCGUUCGUAAUAAGUGCAGCAAAGAUCAAUAAAGUGGGACCCUGUUAGUCAAUAUAUUGUUUAUCGGACUUCCUGUUUUUAGUCAAGUUUAGUGAGAAGUGGCGAAAACAAUAUUUUAGUUGAAGCACUUUGAAAACUUCUGAUACUGAUGUUCCGCCAACCCUAACGGAUGCCUGCAAAGUUCAAGAUACAAAGUAUUUUAUUCAAUGAAUGCUUUAUCGCUGAAAAUCAAAGUCGUGUCGAGCCUCACAGUUGAUGACGUAAGGGUCACGUCCCUAUAUAAAAACGUUUUGAUCAGCUUCUGCAACUCGGACGAAAUUUCUUUCAAAGCGAGACGGUUGAAUAGGGGAGUGUGUAAUCACAUAGCAUGGCAUUAAAGUUCAGUUUGACAGCGACAACAACAAAACAAGUACCCUCAAGGCCUUUUAAAGAUUUUUUAAAAUACAUACUCAAUUUUUGCGAAAACUUUGUCGAACGUUAAAACCCUUCUGUGGUCCGAUUUAUCCUUUUGACAUCCAACGUCUUCUUGUUCAGUUUAGCUGAUUUUUUUCUUUAAAAGUUGAGAAGAACAUCAGAUUACGAAGGUUGUUAAAAACUAAGCACACGUGCGUACGUGCUCUACUUCCAUGUUUGUUUUUGAGUAUGACAAGCAACUUUUGUUGUAUUAGAUGGGCGCAUAUGUAGUAGAUGGACGCGGAAUUACCUUGCAAAAAUUUCCAACUGCAAAUUUAUUUGCAAUUGUCAGCGUUUUUAUUUGCGUGUGCUUGCUAAAGUGAAAACUGAAAACGAAAGUUUCACUGGAUUUUGCAAUCAAGUCGGAAGUCGAUUACGCUCGCACGCUGUUUACAUUCCAGGCUUUCCUCCAAAUAUGGCAUAUAUGUCAAUUAUACCUGUCAUUAUUGCCCAAAUAAGGCGACUGACGUCAACCGUUUUGAUGGUUGAACUUGGAUGAGUAAGGAGGAAGGUGAAUUUCGCCGGCCUGAUUUUCUUCUGAGACACACAGAUUUAACCUUUUUCUGUAAGCAGUGAAGGAUUUUUCUUGAACUUCAGUCUUGAAGUGUACAGAUUGGAAAGUAUUACCUGCAAAACGGAUUCAUAUCUCUGCGAAUUCUACGCGAAUAUUAGUUUCGGUGAGUUGUAACUUUUUAGGCUACUACUUCAUCAAGUACCUGCUAAAUUUUGACAAUGUUGCCACCGCGAUCUGUACUCCGGCGAUCGCUGGUUUUUCAAGUAUUCUUCGAAGGAGACAUUUGUUUUGGAAAAAUCGUGAACAGUCUUUGUCCUUUUUUUGAACAGGAUUAGUUGGUUUUUCUGAACUUUGAUUUGUUUUGAAGCGAAAUCGUAAAGAAGUUUGAUGAAAACCAUUUUGGGUUUCAGCUCGAGAUUUUACUCCUUUCUUUGCGAUAUGUUCUCAAAUAUCGCCUUAUUUUCUUUGCAAAUUUUUAAGUUUGCGUUUUAUCUUUGUAGGAUGAUAACUGAACGUGCACAAGGCGUUAAACGAAAGCUGAGUGAGGUCGAUGGCGACGAUGAGGUGCUUCAUGGCCGUUGUAUUCAACGGCAGACGGUGUUCAACAUUUCGAUCUGCAAACUGCAGAAAAGCUUCACCAGGUCAGAACCUAUUCUUUGCAGAACCGUGCUUAUCUCAAACACUCUUCGUCUAAUCGAAGAAGACAUCCGAGAAGAGCGCAAGACUUUGGAAAUGACUGUUGUUAGCGAACUUAGCGACGGGCAAACACGAGCAGUCAAUGACAAUAGCGAACGACUGGCUUACGUUGGUCACAAUAUAGGCACGCGAUCACGCGAAGAAUGUGAGACUUUGAAACGUUCUCUAACCUUUGAACAAGAAAUGAACAUCCUGGGCGACAAAAUGGUAAAAGAACUUGAAUUUGACUUGGAGAAAUCUGCGAACAGCGCGCAGAAAAUACCCGCCAAAGCGAAAUCAGACCUGGAGGGGCAGCAACUCUCUUUCGCGCCUGAUUCGAACAACAAUUCUGCGCUUCUUUCCGACGACAACGAUCAACACCACGGGAAAGAAGUCAGUUACAAUGCAGAAGAAUUUAUCAGAGAAAUCACGUGCGGAAGUCUUUUAGGAAUGGAAUUGACAGAGGAAUUAGAGUUUAAAGAUGUAGAUGUAUCACUAUAUGACUUUGACGUUCCGAACGGCUCGUUUCCCAUCGAUUUCGAUGAGUUUUGCACCGCUUGGAACCUUGGAUCAACCAGUGUAGCUACAAAAAGUUUAUCCUCUAGGUGCAGCGAUAGCAUAAAGCUUGAGCGUGCGAACGAUUACGCUUUUGAUGAACUAGAUCAAGUAAUGCAAAUUUUAGUUGGAUCUUAG